CGUCAACUUUUUCAAACACUGCCAAAUGAGAAUCGCGAACGGCCAAUUAGCCGACGCGUUCGCAUCUCUUCAUGGUCCAGAUCGGAAGUCGAUGGCAACGUUAAGUUCUCCCUUCAACCUCUCAAAUCGCCAUUCUUAGCGCCCCCACCACAAGAUGCAAGAAAAUAUCCUCCACUGAACAAGGAAGGUUUGGAAUUUCGCUGACCUCUAAUUCGAUUCCCUUCCUAUUUCAGUCAUCUCAUAAAUGGAAAUGCAUUUCCAGCCAGAAUUAUAUAUAUAUCUGUAGUUUAUAAGGCGUGAAUCAAUCUAAAUACUGUACUGUACUGUUCUUCCUCUUUAGGAAUCGAUUUGAUCGAUUAAAAGCUGUGAAAUUUGAUACCUAAGCUUAUGUUUUAGUGAUAGUAUACGAUCCUGCGCAGGGGUGUAAGAUGGAAACGUCGGUAUUUAUCUGUAGUAACAUCUCGACUUUCGUUUUGAAGUCACCUCGCCGUCUCACGCUAAAUCCUCCAUCAUGGGGAUCCUCUUUCAUAACUAACAGAAAAGUCUUGACAACUAACCGUCGUCCAUCAUUCACCAAAUAUAGUUCGAUUCGUUGCAGUAACAGCGGGAUUGAAACAACUGUUUCCAAGAGAAAAUACCGCAGCCGCAGGUCUGGAAACAAGGUUUCAACGAAUAAGAAGCUCGAGGAGGAGUCUCCCACUGAAGUUGUUGACAAUUCUGGUGCUCAGCAGCCAUCUGCAGCCAAGGAAACUCCGUCCAAGGUUAAGAAUGGUAAGACGGUUGAUCUGCGCAGUUUACGUCAGAAUGGAGACCCAAUGGGGAGAAGGGAUAUGGGGAAAAGUGUGGUAAGAUGGAUAUGCGAGGGGAUGAAAGCUAUGGCAUCGGAUAUUGCAAUGUCGGAGAUUCAAGGGGAGUUUUUGGAGGUCAGACAGCGGAUGGGUCCUGGUCUUACAUUCGUUAUUCAAUCUCAGCCAUACCUAACCGCUAUUCCGAUGCCUCUUGGACUAGAAGCAGUCUGUCUGAAAGCUUGCACCCACUAUCCUACUCUUUUUGAUAAUUUUCAGAGAGAGCUGAGAGAAGUUCUCGUUGAACUGGAGUCUAAAGCAUUAGUUCACAAUUGGCGUGAUACUGAAUCAUGGAAGCUUCUGAAAGAGCUGGCAACUUCAGCUCAGCACAAAUCUAUUGCAAGGAAAAUUUCUCAACCUAAGACUUUCCAAAGUAGUCUGGGUAUGGAUCUUGACAAGGUCAAGGCCAUUCAAAGCAGGAUUGAUGAGUUUACUAAACACAUGUCAGAUCUUCUUCGUAUAGAAAGAGAUUCUGAACUAGAGUAUACACAAGAAGAGUUGGAUGCUGUUCCUUUACCCAGCAAGGAUAUCCCCAGUUCACCAAAAGCAAUUGAUUACUUGGUUAGCCAUGGCCAGUCUGAUCAAGAACUUUGUGAUACCAUCUGCAAUUUGAAUGCAAUUAACUCGUCUACAGGAUUAGGUGGAAUGCAUUUGGUACUAUUUAGGGUAGAUGGAAAUCACAGGCUACCACCAACUACCCUUUCGCCUGGAGACAUGGUUUGUGUGAGAACUUGUGACAGCAGGGGUGCUGGCGCAACAUCUUGCAUGCAGGGGUUUGUUCAUAAUCUCGGAGAGGAUGGAUGUAGCAUUACUGUGGCUUUAGAAUCUAGACAUGGUGAUCCCACCUUCGCUAAGCUCUUUGGGAAGUCUAUACGCAUUGAUCGGAUUCCUGGAUUAGCUGAUGCACUGACAUAUGAGCGAAAUUGUGAAGCAUUGAUGAUAUUGCGGAAGAAAGGUUUGGAUAAGAACAACCCCUCCAUUGCUGUAGUUGCUACGCUAUUUGGAGACAAAGAAGAUGUUUCUUGGCUGGAGGAAAAAAAUAUUGUGGAUUGGACUGAAGUGAAAGCUGAUGAUAUUUUAAACUCUAAAUAUGAUGAUUCCCAAAGGAAAGCACUAUCCUUUGGUUUGAACCAGAAACGUCCAGUUCUGAUAAUACAAGGGCCUCCAGGUACUGGAAAAUCGGUUCUACUAAAAGAACUGAUCUUACAAGCAGUCAAACAGGGUGAGAGGGUCCUUUUAACUGCACCAACAAAUGCUGCCGUUGACAACAUUGUUGAAAAACUUUCUGAUAGCGAAAUAAAAAUUGUACGUUGUGGAAAUCCAGCAAGGAUAUCGCCUGUUGUUGCUUCAAAGUCGCUGGUAGAGCUUGUGAAUGUGAAGAUUGCAGAUUUCAGAGCAGAGUUUGAUAGAAAAAGAUCGGAUUUAAGGAAGGACUUAAGACUUUGUUUGAGGGAUGAUUCUCUAGCUUCUGGGAUUCGUCAACUUCUGAAACAAUUAGGUAAAGCUUUGAAGAAGAAGGAAAAGGAAAUCAUAAAGGAGAUAUUAGAAGGCGCUCAUGUUGUUCUGGCAACCAAUACUGGAGCAGCUGAUCCUCUCAUUCGACGGUUAGAUGCAUUUGAUCUGGUUAUUAUAGAUGAAGCAGCCCAAGCAAUUGAAGCUUCUUGCUGGAUCCCAAUAUUGCAGGGAAAAAGGUGUAUUCUUGCAGGUGAUCAAUGCCAACUAGCUCCAAUAAUUCUAUCUAGAAUAGCUUCUGAAGGUGGUCUUGGAAUAUCACUCUUGGAGAGAGCAACAACCUUGCAUGAUGAAGUUCUAGUCACCAAACUGACAACUCAAUUCAGGAUGAAUGAUGCAAUAUCAAGUUGGGCUUCAAGGGAGAUGUAUGGUGGAUCAUUAAAAUCCUCCCCCAUUGUUGCUUCUCAUCUACUUGUGGAUUCUCCAUUUGUUAAGCCUACUUGGAUAACACAAUGUCCAUUGCUUUUGCUCGAUACAAGAAAACAACAUGGAAGUUUAUCCAUAGGCUGUGAGGAGCGUUUGGAUCCUGCUGGGACAGGUUCUUUUUACAAUGAAGGGGAAGCAGAUAUUGUUGUGGAACACGUUGCUUGUUUGAUAUAUGCUGGUGUUAACCCGGCAGCUAUCUUAGUUCAGUCUCCUUAUGUUGCUCAGGUACAACUCCUAAGGGACAUGCUGGAUGAGCUUUAUGAGGCUAGAGGAGUAGAAGUUUCGACUGUUGACAGCUUUCAAGGUCGGGAAGCUGAUGCAGUGAUUGUAUCAAUGGUUCGAUCAAACACACUAGGAGCGGUUGGAUUCUUGGGGGACAGCCGACGUAUGAACGUGGCCAUAACAAGAGCACGCAAACACGUUGCAGUUAUAUGCGAUAGCUCAACAAUAUGCCAUAACACUUUCCUUGCCAGGCUUUUGCGUCAUAUCAGGCAUAAUGGUAGAGUGAAGCACGCAGAGCCUGGUGCAUAUGGUGGUUCUGGCCUUGGUAUGGACCCAAUGCUGGCCUAGUAUUAUUUAUCAUUAAUAAGAUGAAAUGAGAUCAAUCAAUUACUUUCUCUCCAUCUUAUUAACUACAUACAUUUGUUCCCAAUAUUUAUUAUUGCCCUAUCUUGUACAGGUUUACACAACACAGUCAUAAAAUGAACAACGUUAUACUCCUAUUUUUACUAGUGGUAUUAAUUGUAAAUGAUACUUUAUGAUUGAA